AGAGCACUCGGGCUUCAUCGUCGUUGGACUCGUCUAAUCAAUGGACUCCUCAACGAAAACUACUCGCCCGGGAGCAGACUCGUGAACUGUGGUAUCAUGGAUUCGAUAACUACAUGACAUUUGCGUUUCCGCUGGACGAGCUGACGCCAUUGAGUUGUUCUGGGCAAGGUCCUGAUUGGGAGAACGCCCUCAACAUAGGAUAUAACGACGUUAUGGGGAAUUUCUCCUUAACAUUGAUAGAUGUUCUAGAUACAUUCGUUGUCCUCAAUGAUCGCCCGGGUUUUGAAAAUGCGGUCAAAGAUGUAAUAGAAUGGGUCUCCUUCGACGUCAACACCAAACCGCAAGUUUUUGAAACAACAAUUCGGGUGCUAGGAGGACUCCUAUCCGGGCACAUAUACGCGAACAAAACCGGCCCUUUUCACCUUCCCUGGUAUAAAGGCGAACUCCUCGACAUGGCACACGACCUUGGUACAAGGCUACUUCCCGCAUUUUCAACCCCUACAGGUAUCCCGUAUGCCAGAGUUAAUUUGAGACGGGGAGUCAUAAAAGGCGAAACAACGGAGACUUGUACUGCUGGCGCGGGGUCCCUCAUCCUGGAAUUUGCAACUCUCAGCCGUCUCACCGGUGAUGACCGUUUCGAGAGAGCUGCACAUAAGGCCUUCUUUGCGUUGUGGAAUCGCAGGUCGGAUAUCGAUCUGGUUGGAAAUACAAUCAAUACCUGGACAGGUGAAUGGAACUCCCCCGAGAUAACCGGUAUAGGUGCUGGCAUUGAUUCCUUCUACGAGUAUGCGUUGAAGUGGUAUAUUCUAAGUGGUGACGUUGAAUUCCUUGACGUUUGGGACGAUGCAUACACUUCCAUUAUGAGAUAUUCGCGAUCUACAGAUGGAUUUUGGUAUCGUCUGGUAAACAUCCGCAGUGGCGACGUCGCGUAUAAUACCAUUGAUUCGCUCUCGGCAUUCUGGCCUGGGUUACAAGUGUUAGCCGGUGAUAUUCAGAAUGCUGUUAGACUACAUAUGCUAUAUUAUAAUCUCUGGAGAAAGCACUCAGGAAUACCCGAAGUCUACGACACCAGUUUUAGGCAAGCCACUUCUCAUGGAUACCCUUUACGACCCGAAUUCAUUGAAUCUACUUGGUAUCUCUAUCGCGCUACACGUGAUCCUUUCUAUUUAGAUGUUGGGGAAAGAGUACUAUUCGAUAUUACCACCCGCGCGAAAGUGGCUUGUGGAUUGACCGGAAUCCAAGAUUUGCGCACAAACAAGCGAGAUGAUCGUAUGGAGUCCUUCGCUCUUUCUGAAACUCUGAAGUAUUUGUUUCUGCUUUUCGAUGAGAAGAACCCUUUACACGAGGACGACUCAAAUUAUGUUUUCACGACAGAAGGACAUCUCUUGACUCUCGACAGUCAACACCUCAAGCCAAUUUCUUCAGUAAGAAGGAAGUUGAGGAAGAUUGAAAAACAUCAAUGCCCUUCAUAUGAGCCUUCUACAACGUCCGGUUCAGGUCCUCAAACCAAACCAGGACUAGUGAUGGGCGUUCGUGGACGAUCCGAUGCGGAUUAUUCUAGAGAACUGGUUGACUUAAACGCGACUGAUCUAGAUAGUCGGUUCUGGUUUUCCGAUGGCCAGUGUGACGCGCCUAAACCAGAGUUAUAUUCAUACGAUUUCAUUCUAUCUUCCAAUGGACGACUUGUUCCCGAAGAUUUGAGCCCAAGUUUGCUUAAACUGACCCCAGCCUCGGAUGGAUAUAUCAUUCAAAACAUUACUGGGAUCCGUACCCAUAUCGUUCGGCGUCUGGAUGGCAAAGGAUUCGACAUAAGAAAACUGGGACACUACGCCGUGCGGCCUGGGAACCUUGUGUAUAUCAAUGACACAUCGCUCAUACUCGGGCCAUCGACGGACUCAGAGACCACGCGUAGUCCAGCCGUACAACUACACUUCUAUGUCGACCAAGUGGAUCCAAUGCGCACCGUCUUCCCUCCUUUGGACGAUGGCGGUUUCGAGGAAGUGACUGUGACCGGAUUUACAGCAUUCUUUGGUGGGGAUCUAUCACCAGCUUCUCCCAAAUCACGAAAGAAGCCUUUGAAAUUCUCCGGCGAAGUUCCUGUCUACCGGGAUGCUACCAAUGUGUUUGGUUGUUCUCCUUACGCGAAGUCUUUUCAUGGCGGAGCCAUACUCAUCCGUCGCGGCGAAUGUACCUUUCUUCAGAAAUUGGUGGAAGCAAGGAAUUCCGGGGCUGCUGGUGUCUUGGUCGUAAACGACGAUAACAUAGGUAUCAACCCUACCGCCAAUCCAGACGAACUGGCGGCUGCGGGCGAUCUAUCCGACGUUGCCAUGGCAGUACUACCUCAUGAUAUCGGAAUGGUCGUUGAAGAGCUGCUUGACAUGGGUACCGAUCGGGGUAUAAGACAACCGAUGGUUAUUCUGGAGCAUGAACGUGAACCACCGAUAUCAGAGGUCAAAGAAACUGAUAACAAGAAGGAUGAAAAGGGUAGCAACAAGAUUUUGUAUCUCAAUGGUCACCCAUUACAGAAUACGCGACUGUUAUUCUGAUACGUUAAAAUAAAUACCGAUAGAUUAAAUUCAGUCAUCGGAUUGAACGAUGGAAUAGACAGAUAUUCUAGUGUCUUUCCUCCUUGUUUGGCG